AUGAGUGCUGACCGCGUCUUUUUAGAGGGCAGCGGCGCUCCAUCGUUAGAGCUGCAUGUCGGUGGGGCACCGCUUGCCGAAGUUCUGGCAGACAUGAUGCGGCUGAUACGCUCUCAGCAGAAGGAAUUGGAGAGCCUGCGUCGUGACGCGGAGGAGAGGAUUUACCGUAACGAGUGCGGUUUGAAGAAACACGACGGCGUUCUGGAGAGCUUCGCCGAGGACCUGCAAAUUCAUGUGCGUCCCAUCAACUACAACGGCCAGCCUCCCAUGCCAACGAUGGCGGAUGCCGUGGCAAAUGUGGAGUGUCGUCUUUGGCGGGUGGAGAGAGAGAAGAAGUUUUAUGCUGCUGCGCGGCUUAGUGAGGUGACGAGGAAAAAGUUAAUGGCUGCGUUCUAUAGUCAAUGGUGGCUUCUUCGGAAAUUGCGAGCCAAAAGUCACUUUUUAUUGAAAGAGACACAGAGGGAAAUUUGGCGACGAUACAUGAGGAAGUGGAGCCGCUCUCUUGCUCUCCGGAGGAGGCAGGCUGCCUGGCGGCGUCAUCUCAUGGGAUUGACUGCGGCACAUGGGCGUCGAAUCAUGAUGUGUUAUUGGUGCAAAUGGGUUCAGGUAGUGGCGUUCAAAUCGCAGGCUCGCGCAAAUCGGCGCAUUUCCGCAUACGACAUUUCAGACACGAUGCUUCACAUAACUUGUCGCGGCAUUGCGCGCCGUUAUCUGUACGCCUGGGCACAAUUUGUGGCGGCCGCAAGGGAUGCAAGGUGCCGGGCCCGGGAGGCCCUGUGGCUGGAGCAAAAAACUGCUCGAAUACUGGCGAGGCGCUACUUUGAGAGGUGGCUUGACGCACAUCGGUGGUGUAGACUUCCCCUUAUGCGUCUGAAGGCGUUAGAUGCGUUGCGAGUGAAGUUGUCUCGCGGAUUGGCGCGUUCUUUUUUGAGGGCAUGGCAAGAUUUCGUUCGGAAUCGAUGUGAACGACGUCGUGUUCUUCGUCUUAUUCCCCAUUUGCAUCACGCAAACCUCGCUGCAUUGGCGCGACGUUACUUUUCUCGCCUCUAUGCUUUUAGGUUUGUAUGCCGCGAUGCACGUGUGGUGGAAACGCUGGAGCAACGACUGAAAACACUUAGUGAACGAGCCGAUGGGCUUCAGCGACAGCUGGAUAUGGGCCUGCAUACGUUGGCACAUACCAAUAGUGUCCUUGCACGUGUUGUGGAUACAGUUAUGGUUGCUGGGGAGCCGCGCGACGCUCUUCAGGCCUUUUUACAGGGAGACACGAUGAUCUCAGUCCCCACAGUACCUUCCGUGGAAGAAAAAAGGAGCCAACAAGGUGCCUCUGCUCCCUCACUUUCUCCUAAUUCCCGCCGUCACGAGGAGUCGGCGUCCUCGACAGGACGGGAACGACAACCAACAGACGAGCACCGUUGCGUCAGUGCAAGCGAGAUGCUUCAAAACCUGCGUGUACGUCUGGAAAAGACGUACAAGAUGGCUGGGGGUGAACCGUAG